GCAAAUCCACAAACUUGCACACUUUUCUUAUUCCUUUUUCCAACGAAUUUCUCAUCGAAAAGAUCCGCAGGGAAAAAAAGAUAAUGUUCACAACACGCCUUGUCGUCAAAGCCAUUUGGGCAUCAAGAUUUGCCGUCAACAAUGCAACGCUUGCUCAACGCCGCAGUGUACAUGAUAUCAAUUUACCUCAUCAUGAAGAUCACGUCGCCGCUGCUUCCGAAUACACACGACAUCUUCAACACCUCCUCGCAAUCAAAGAAUCAGAAAUCAAAGAAAAAGAUACCAUCAUCUCUACUCUGCGGGCUCAGAAAAUAGAACAAAACCAACAAACCCGCACCCAAACAACCACCAAGCCCACUGAAAAUAACGAUAACCCCAACAACGCCCAAAACAACACUACCAUCUGGACAGGAGGAAUGACAGAUACAGAUGGUUUCGGAGCUGGAUGGAGAGGGAAAGGUUGGGAUAAACCAGUAAAAAGGAAGGAAGGUAGGAUGAGGGAAUUGAUGAGGGGGAUGACUGGGGAGGAGAGGGAGAGGUAUGAUCAUCUUUAGGGAUUGUUGGUUUGGUUUGGGAUAGGACAAUGGGGUUGGAAAGUGGAUAGGGAGGUGGAUGGGGGAGGUGGAAGUUGAGAUCAACAAAGACGUUUUCCGCCAUCAAAGUUGCAGAAAUCUGAUUUCUUGAAAUUAGAUGUUGCUGUGAGGGUUGAUGGGUUUUUCUCGGAUUAGAAGAGGUAGUAAGUAGUGAUGGCCGUUGAUCUAGUAAGAACGCAAGAACCUUUAUCUAGAAGCUGCGACGAACGAGUGUCGUUAUGUUACCAUUAUCUCAUUAAUCAGACAGCUCGAACAUGAGUCGCGCGGACGGAGCACGGGCCACAAGUGG